UCCUCAGCGGCGUGCGCGCGCGUCAAGAGCUGCGCUUUGCGUUUUUCUUUUCUUUCUCUUCGCCACCCACCUUCUCUGUGUGUUCGUAGGUGGACUUUUCUCUUUCCGAGAGCCUGUGAAGUCAUGUCAGUGUGUGAGAGCUGCGUUAGCCGACAGGCUGCCGUACUGAGCUAACUAAGCUAGCCGUUGCCAGGCAGAUAUGAGUAACAGCUCUGUGUGUAUCUGGACUCCUGAACGGGUUUAGUGCGCGUCCCGGUUGGGCUCCAGCUAACGAAGUAGGACCAGAUGCUGGCAAGACUUUAGAUCCAGAUAAAUUCCAGGGCAGCUUGAUUGGUUCACUCCAACCUCCUGUUUGCUGUCCCAUCCUGGUCCUCUUUAAACUCCAUUAAGAUGAGUGGAAUGCGUGUGGAUACCAAAGUGGUGAUGCUGGGAAAGGAGAGUGUGGGGAAGACCAGUCUGGUGGAGAGAUACGUUCAUGAUCGCUUCUUGGUCGGCCCAUAUCAGAACACUAUCGGUGCUGCUUUUGUUGCCAAACAAAUCUUGGUGGGAGAUAAAGUGAUCACCUUGGGAAUAUGGGACACAGCUGGAUCAGAGCGAUAUGAAGCUAUGAGCAGAAUAUACUACAGAGGAGCUCGAGCAGCUAUCGUGUGCUACGAUCUGACAGACAGCAGCAGCUUCCAGAGAGCUCGGUUCUGGGUGAAAGAGCUGCAGAACUGUGAGGAGCACUGUAAGAUCUACCUGUGUGGCACGAAGAAUGACCUGGUUUUAGGAGAUCGGAGUCUGCGCCAAAUGGACUACCAUGACAUUCAGGACUUUGCUGAAGAAAUUGGUGCACAACAUUUCGAGACCUCCAGUAAAACUGGAAACAAUGUCGAUGAGUUGUUUCAGAAAGUUGCUGAGGAUUUUAGCAGCACCACCUUCCAGAUCAUGACAGAUGACACGGGUGUUGAUUUGGGUCGGAAGAAGGACUCAUACCUCUCCUCUUGUUGCCAUAGUAACUGAAGCCAAACACCAGGAUUGGGAUAUGCUGGAUGGAAAUGAACACACAUUGGACUUCAAGUGCACUGAUAUUUUUUCUUCUUUGUUGGAUGUUUUUUUUUUUUUUCUCGUGCUGACUUUGUGGAAGAGGAUCUUCUGCGAUCACUACGUCUGCUAAAAGUGGUUGGACUGAAAGCUCUCAACCAGGGACUGGAAAGGAACAUUGUUCUCACCCCUCCUUUUUUUUUUUUUUU